AGAGCCCAGAAAUACUGAAGCCCAAAUGAUAGAAAACACUAUCUAGGAAUCUAGCAUAGGAUCGGCGAAAUUACCUAGUUUUUGGCGGCUAGUCACCGGCUACCAUUGUCGUGAGAAAUGGCAACGGAGAUGAGCUGCGUGUGGAUGAGACGAAUCCUACUCCGAUCGAACCCUCUACCUCUCCACAAGGCUCCCACUCUCUCCUCUCGAUUCCUGAAACACUCACCACCGCUCCUCAUUCCUCUCGUUUCGUCCCACCGCCUCUCGUUUUCCACAGCCACCACCGCUUGUUCUCUCCCAGACACUCUCGCCUCCGUCGACGACACUGCCCCCGCUUUUGGUGAGCCUUCGUUUACGUUUACAGCUGGAGUCUCGAACAAAAGCUCGAAGGUGCUUCUUAAAGGGAUGCGAUACGAUGAGCUUGAGAAAUGGGUUCAAUCACAAGGCUACAGGCCCGGCCAAGCUAUGAUGCUAUGGAAACGUCUCUAUGGGAAUUAUAUUUGGGCGCAUCACAGUGAUCAGUUGGAAGGUUUAAACAAAGAUUUUAGGAAGAUGUUGAGUGAGAAUGCCGAGUUCAAGGCAUUGUCUUUGAAGCAAAUUAUUACCGCAGCGGAUGGAACUAGGAAGAUUUUAUUCACUUUGGAAGAUGGGAUGGUGAUUGAAACCGUUGUCAUACCUUCUGAUAGUAGCAGGAAUACUGUUUGUGUUUCAAGUCAAGUGGGCUGUGGCAUGAAUUGCCAGUUCUGCUACACCGGCAGGAUGGGUCUAAGGAGACAUCUGACUGCAGCUGAGAUUGUAGAGCAGGCUGUAUUUGCGCGAUCCCUGCUCACAAGUGAAGUUGGCGAGAUUACCAAUGUUGUAUUCAUGGGAAUGGGAGAACCGCUUCACAACAUUGACAAUGUUAUUAAAGCUGCAGACAUUAUGGUGGAUGAUCAAGGCCUUCAUUUCAGUCCUCGCAAGAUAACUGUUUCAACAAGUGGGCUUGUCCCUCAGCUGAGGCGUUACCUCAGAGAGUCUAAUUGUGCUAUAGCUGUUAGUUUGAAUGCAACUACGGAUGAGGUCAGAAACUGGAUCAUGCCAAUUAACCGGAAGUAUAAUAUAGCUGUGCUUCUUCGGACUCUUAAAGAGGAACUUCGCUUCAAGAAUAACUACAAAGUUCUUUUUGAAUAUGUAAUGCUUGCAGGAGUAAAUGACAGCAUUGAGGAUGCAAGGAGGCUUGCUGAUCUCGUUCAGGGCAUUCCAUGCAAGAUCAACCUUAUCUCAUUUAAUCCUCAUAGCGGAUCCCAUUUCAGACCAACCAGUGACGAGAAAAUGGUUGAGUUCAGAAAUUAUUUGGCUGGAGCAGGCCGCGUUGUUUUCAUGCGGCCGAGUAGAGGCGAUGAUCAGAUGGCGGCCUGUGGUCAGCUUGGCAAACCUGGCGAAAUCCAGGCUCCCAUGCUCCGCGUGCCAGAGAAGUUCAAAACGGCGACCCAAGUGGUAGUGUGAUUAUCUGAACAUCAUCUUCCUCACGCCUAUUGCUGCAUCCAAGAUAAAGCAACUCUAAGCACCCAUGUGAUAUUCCGAUUGCAAUGCCUUGGCAUUUCCGUGUUGUCCGUCUCAUGGAACAUAACUUGGGUCUUGGGGUAUCCGACCUUUUCGUAUCACCAUGGCCAGAAGAUUCAGACUAGCUUUUGUUACAGAGGGUUGCAAAACCCUGCCUAAAGUUGUUUCUUAAUGUUGUUAUCAAAUUUGUACACACUACUUUAUUGGUGUAUGUGUUUUACACAAUACAGUCUUAUCACCAUCAGUCAUUUAUGACCGACACAUACUCGUUUGCUUUGUUCU